AUGAAGUUCGCCACCUCUCUCACCCUCGCUUUGCUCGCGUCCGUCUCGUCGGUCCUUGCCAACCCGGUUCCUGAGGCAGAGGCUGCUGCGUCUAUCGCCAAGGCCAAGCGCGAUUGCGGAUAUGGCCACGUGUGCGCUGGAAUCGAUAAGAACGACAACUGUGACCACCACUGCAAGCAUGAGUGUGGCGCGUCGAGCGGCAGUUGCGGUGGGUUCGCCUGGCAGGUCUGCCAGUGCAGCUAA